AUGUGGAGCCGUGAAAACUUGACUAAAUGGGGUUUGAUAGACAGAGGCAAUUUCAAUCCAUUCACCUUGGCAGAUGACCAUCCGGGCGCCGCAUUACGCCUAGAAGCUGUAGAACGAUGGAUUACUGGCGCUAAGCAGGACAAUCGAAACUCAGGUCACUAUCUAUCAAAGAUUUGGAAAGAAGUCAUGAUCAGACGCACUUACGCUUCACCGAAUCCUCUUUAA